AGACACAGAAAAAAGUGUCUGUCAUUACGACUCAGCCAAACAGAGCUGCAGUAUUGGAGCCAGCAAGUCCCUUCCCCCGCUGCACGGACUCCUGACAGAAGGAGGAGAGAGCAGAGGAGGCGAGGAUGCUGGAGGGACCAGGGAGACAGUAGAUCGGCAGCCGCAGCCUGUCUCCUUCCCCUGCGAGCUGCUGCCUCCUCCUGUGCUUCUCCAGGAUGGCUGGGAGGAUGUCUUCUCCAUUGACAGGAAUGCAGUGACUGAGGAGAAGCAUGUAAGUGUCUGCCCCUCCCCACUAUCAUAGGCGCUGACCCUGGUGCUGAACUGGAGAGCUGUCCCACAGAAGACUACUAAGGACCCCCGGCACUUAACACCUCCCUGCACAGCUGCACCAUCCAGAGGAAGCCUGACAUGUUCUCCCAGGCGAUUCCAAGUUUUCACUUUCUCUGAAGUGUUUUAGAAAGUGACAUAUGUGCUGCAAUGGUUACAUAAAGUUUUUGAUUGGACUGAAAUGAGAUACUAAAUCCUGUUUGAUCUCUGAAACUCUUUACAACAAUUAGACCAAGAUGAAUUAUAUCAUGAAAUUUCACAGACAUUUUCAAAGAACAAUCCUUCUGCUUGCCAGUUUUUGCAUGGUAAGCAUUGUAAUUUCUGCCUAUUAUUUAUACACAGGAUAUAAGCAGGACAAUGACAUUUCUGAGGCUACAAUGGAAAUACAAUGUGGAGAUGUUGAAUCUCUGCCUUAUAAACUGUUCGAACAGAGAACGGGAAAACCAUCGCUUUUAUUAAAAAUGGAACCUAUUAUUUUGGUUUUUAUAGAAAGUCAGUAUUCACAACUUGGACAAGACAUUAUUAGUAUCUUGGAAUCCAUUAGGUUUAAGUUCCAUGCAGAAAUAGCUCCUGGAAAAGGUGACCUUCCUCCACUUACAGAAAACCAUGUUGGAAAAUAUGCACUUAUCAUAUAUGAAAAUUUUAUGAAGUACAUUAACUUGGACACGUGGAAUAAAGAACUUCUGGAUAAAUACUGUCUUCAGUAUGGGGUUAAUAUUAUUGGUUUUCUUAAGGGUACAGAAAACGGCGUUCAAAGUUAUCAUCUUAAGGGCUUCCCAUUUAUGAUCCAUAGCAACAUGGCGGUCAAAAACUUUUGUAUUAAUCCCAACACACCUUUACUUCAUAUUACAAAACCUUCCAAAACAGGCAAGAGUUCCUUACUUGGAAAUGAAUGGACUGUUUUUGAGGUUAACAACUCACUAUACCAACCAGUCGUUUUUUCAAAAAUAAAGAUGCCCAUUGGUGCUUCACAACAGUUGACUAAAAUGUCCUUAUUUGCCACAGUUAUUCAUGAUCUGGGUCUUCAUGAUGGUAUUCAAAGGGUCUUCUUUGGCAAUAAUUUGAACUUUUGGUUGCACAAGCUUAUUUUUGUGGACGCUUUAUCUUAUUUUUCUGAGAAGAAAUUCACCUUGUCUCUGGAUCGCUUCAUACUUGUGGACAUAGAUGACAUUUUUGUAGGUAAAGAAGGAACUAGAAUGAACAGUAAUGAUGUCAAGGCUCUUCUUGGCACGCAGCGGUUACUAAGAACUAAAGUUACUAAUUUUACGUUUAACCUGGGAUUUUCUGGAAAGUUCUACCAUACAGGUACAGAGAAAGAAGAUAGAGGUGAUGACCUCUUGUUGGGCUCAGUGGAUGAGUUUUGGUGGUUUCCACACAUGUGGAGUCAUAUGCAGCCUCAUCUUUUUCAUAAUGAAUCUUCACUUGUGGAGCAGAUGAUUCUCAACAAGAAAUUUGCUUUGGAGCAUGGUAUUCCAACAGACAUGGGUUAUGCAGUGGCUCCACAUCACUCAGGUGUCUAUCCAGUACACAUACAACUUUAUGAUGCUUGGAAAAAGAUUUGGAAUAUUAAGGUCACAAGUACAGAAGAAUAUCCACAUCUCAAACCAGCACGUUACAGAGAGGGGUUCAUUCACAAAAAUAUAAUGGUUCUUCCUCGGCAAACCUGUGGUCUGUUCACACAUACUAUUUUUUAUAAGGAAUACCCUGGAGGUCCAGUUGAGCUUGACAGGAGCAUACAAGGAGGGGAACUUUUUUUUACACUUGUCCUCAAUCCGAUUAGCAUCUUCAUGACCCACUUGUCCAACUAUGGCAAUGACAGGCUCGGUUUAUAUACUUUUGUUAAUCUCGCCAAAUUUGUACAAACCUGGACUCAUUUAAAGUUGCAAACUCUUCCUCCAGUUCAGCUGGCUCACAAAUACUUCCAGCUCUUCCCGGAGCAGAGAGAUCCUGUCUGGCAGAAUCCCUGUGAUGACAAACGUCAUCGAGACAUUUGGUCAAAUGAAAAAACCUGUGAUCGACUGCCAAAAUUUCUCGUUGUGGGACCACAGAAAACUGGUACUACAGCUCUGUAUUUAUUUUUGGUUAUGCAUCCUGCAAUACUUAGCAAUUCACCAAACCCAAAAACAUUUGAAGAGAUGCAAUUCUUUAACGGAAAUAACUACCACAAAGGCUUGGACUGGUACAUGGAUUUCUUCCCAGUUCCAUCAAAUGUAACCGCCGAUUUUCUGUUUGAGAAAAGUGCCAACUAUUUUCAUUCUGAAGAAGCUCCUAAACGUACUGCUGCUUUAAUCCCAAAGGCAAAAAUUAUCACAAUUCUCAUUGACCCUUCAGAUCGAGCAUAUUCAUGGUACCAGCACCAGCGUGCUCAUCAGGACCCUGUAGCUUUAAAAUUCAGCUUUUAUGAGGUCAUUUCAGCUGGCAGCCAAGCAUCCCCAGACCUACAGUCACUACAAAAGAAGUGCCUGAUGCCUGGGUGGUAUUCUACACACAUAGAGCGAUGGCUGCAACACUUCCCUCCUGCACAGCUGCUUAUUGUUGAUGGUCAACAGUUUCGAACAGACCCAGUUAAUGUAAUGGAUGAAGUGCAGAAGUUUCUAGGAGUUUCUCCACAUUAUAAUUACUCAGAAGCACUAACGUUCGACUCACAUAAAGGAUUCUGGUGCCAGCUCUUGGAAGAGGGGAAAACUAAAUGUCUGGGAAAGAGUAAAGGGAGAAAAUACCCCCCAAUGGAUGCAGAGUGCAGAGCCUUCUUGUCAAGCUUGUAUCAAGAUCACAAUGUGGAAUUAUCAAAACUUUUACACAGACUUGGUCAACCUCUACCUUCAUGGCUGAGACAAGAACUGCAGAAAAUCAGAUAGCACAGAAACAACUGGACCUUUAGACAUUAAGCAUCUCUUCACUUAUACAGUUGUUUACGUACUGUUCACAUGUUGGGAGAAAUACCAGACUAACCCUAUUCGCCAUGUGCUGGCAUGUGGAUUCUAUCACAUUCUUGUGGAGGACAGUGGCAGAUGAGACCUUUUACUCUUGUGUUCGAUCAAUGAUGGAUGAUGACCGGUUGUUACAUCAACCGAAAUUCAGAUUCAUGGUAAUAAUAAAGUCCUUUGACCAUCUAAUUUUACAAUGAAUAUUUUUAUUAUGUUAAUAAAACCUAUGUCAGAUAUUGAUGAUUGAUAUGUUUUUCUACAUGAUACAUGCUGAUACUAUGAGGAUAAAAAUCGAGCAUGUUGUAUGCUGCUACUUCAUUUGUUAUACCAAACUGGUUUAUUUCAGUAAGUGUCUCUACUGCCAGUAUUAUGCAAAACAAUACCCUUCUUGUAAGCAAUUUAAGUGACCAUUCCUAUGUUUAUCAUUAUAUUGUAUAAAUUGUUUUAACAGAGUGAUUUCUAUCCAAUAUUAUACAAUCAUAGAAAUUGUUUUGUAUCAAGUUUGCACACUAGACACUCUUGAAAUUAAACCUUUCUUCCUAACUCCUUGAUAAAGUAGUUCAA